AUGAGAUUUUUCACGACUGUUCUUUUCGUGCUGAGUUUGGUGCACCAAACGGUCGCUAAACGGAAACUGGUGGCUAGUUCCCUGGUGACUUGUAUGGAAAACUCACAGCUGGCCGCAACGAGCUUUGAUGUCACUUUUGAUCCUGACAGUCGUUCAUUACACUACUCGCUCGAUAUGACCACCGAUAUCGACGCCUACAUCGCUGCGGAGGUGGAAGUUUGGGCUUAUGGGUUCAAGAUCAUCAGUCGGUCUUUAGAUCUGUGUUCUUUAAACUGGAAGCAGUUUUGCCCGCUUCACCCUGGUAAUGUGCAAGUGGAAUCGAUCGAGUAUAUCUCAGCAGAUCUGGUGAAACAAAUUCCAGGUAUUGCUUACCAAGUGCCAGAUAUCGAUGCUUUCGUUCGGGUGAACAUUUUCCAAAGAAGUGACCAAGAUGAUAUCCUCGCUUGUAUCCAGGCUUUCUUCUCGAAUGGUAAGACGGUCGCACAAACGGGAGUCAAGUGGGCUACUGCUGUUAUUGCGGGGUUGGGGCUAUUGUGUUCUGCGGUACUUUCUACAUUCGGCAAUUCCAAUGCUGCCUCGCACAUCUCUGCAAAUACAAUGUCUCUUUUCCUGUACUUUCAAUCCGUGGCCGUCGUGUCAAUGGAGCACGUUCAUCGAGUUCCCCCAAUCGCCGCUGCUUGGGCGGAAAAUCUGAUAUGGUCUAUGGGGUUGAUUCAUAUCUCUUUCAUGCAGAAGAUUUUCAGAUGGUUUGUCCAAUCCACUGGCGGAAGUCCAUCUCUUUACCUGACAUCUAAGACGAUUUCAGUCUUGGUACAAAGAAGCUUUGAUUUGGUCGAAAACACUGGUUUGUACAGGCGUGCGGCAGAUGUAUUGUACGGAAACUCGAACGUGCUGAUUUUGAGAGGCAUUAAAAGGCUUGCCUAUCAGUCAAGGAUUGAGAACACUGCUGUGGUGUGUACUGGUUUCACCUUUUUCGUCCUCUGCGGCUACUUCCUGGCGGGCUUUGUCAUAGCCUCAAAGUAUGCUAUCGAUCUGUGCAUCAAGGCUGGCUGGAUGAAUAGCUCGAGGUUUUUGGAGUUCAGAAGCAAUUGGAGGACUGUCUUGAAGGGCACUUUAUUGCGGUACAUCUACAUCGGAUUUACGCAGCUAACCUUGCUAAGUUUCUGGGAGUUUAUGCAACAUGACUCACCAGCUUUGAUUGUCAUUGCCGCCCUGUUCUUGAUUCAGGCCCUAGGAUUGAUGAUAUGGGCGGCCUACAGAACCAUUUAUUUUGCAAGGCUAUCAGUCCAACAGCGUAAAAAUCCAGCAGCCUUACUAUACGGUGACCAGCAGAUUCUGGACAAGUACGGGUUUUUUUACACUAUGUUCAGUGCAAAACGCUAUUGGUGGAAUUGUGUUCUUCUCGGGUACAUCCUGUUCAAAAGUGUUUUCAUUUCAUUUGGACAAGGGUCCGGAAAAACGCAAGCUCUCGCAAUCUUUGUUGUCGACCUUGCCUAUCUGGUGGUUUUGAUUGUCUUCAAGCCUUACUUUGAUCGUCCAACAAAUAUUGUCAAUAUCCUAAUCACAACAGUCACCACCGUCAACUCCUUCCUCUUUCUGUUCUUCUCUGAUUUGUUCGGACAACCUGGCCGCGUUUCCUCUAUCAUGGGAUGGAUUUUUUUUAUCAUGAACGCCGCUUUUUCACUAAUUCUUUUGAUCUUGAUCCUCAUUUUCAUUAUAAUGGUAGUAUGUUCCAACAACCCAGACUUGAGAUUUAAGCCAGCCAAAGACGACAGAACCUCAUUUCAAAGAACCUCCGGCAGCCAGGGCAAGUUGAACAAAUCCGUCGCUGCUGAAUUAAUGGCUUUAGGAAACACAGCCAAGAACCACGAUGAAAACUGGGAAGAAGAACUGUACAAUCAGCAGAGACUGCGGAAGGAUCAGAGUGACUCUGGUUUCGACCUUUCCGAUGAAAAGCUUGUUGGAACUCAAUCUGCAUCUGAAGAGAAUGCCGAAACUAAUCUCACAUUAGCCGAAAGACUAAAGCGCAAACUUUCCUUCAAGAGAACGAAGUCAACUUCAUCGAGAGUUCAACUUGACAAGGACGAGGCGAUGGUGGACUCCGCACAACCAGUAACAUCUCUUACACGAGAACCCUCUGAUGCGUCAACUCCUGCUGUUAAGAGAGACUAUCCGGGAGUUCACAGUCGACAAGAAUCUGAGUCGAAAAACGGUUUGAUGCACUCUUACAACUCAUCUGAAAAUCAGAACCUGAAGGAUAGCGAGGUCGAUGACCAUCCAUUGGUUUCUGCAGGAACGUACCAAGUGCCAGAGAAUGGUACGACCGCUGAGUUUGUGAGAGAUGAGAGCAUGGAUUCCGUUAACGCAGCGGCCCACCCACAAGCAACGUCUUCGACGGAUCUUUUCACUCACAACAAUGGCUCGUAUUAUGGGAGGUUAUAG